AUGAGAACCAGGCUGUCGCAACUCGUAAUAAAGCCGCCAUUCUGUUGGUCGAGGGCGUUUGGUGAUGAUGCUUUUCAGUCGCAAACAACAAGAGGUGGAAGCAUUCCAAGACCAAAGCAAAUAUAUGAUAGGCUUUCAGGAAAUGAACCGGUCGUAGGCUUAGAUGGCGCUACUGUAGCCCAAGCUUAUCAUCGACAUCAUCAGCAAUCACACACACAACUGCACGAAGAUGAAACACACCACAAGCGCUCCUCUGGACGAACUCUUGUUCCUAAAAUGAUCCGCAGUCAGUUGGACGAAUUCGUUAUUGGACAAGACAAACUAAAGAAGGCAUUAUCUGUAGCUAUCUUCAAUCACUAUAUUCGGAUCGAUAAUAAUCUGUCGAGCCAUUCAGAUCACGAUGGCAGUGAAUUGAGGACUUCUGAAUCACGAUCUUCGUUUCAUGGUCGUCCAGCAAGACGCAACAACAGGAAGCAGUCUGAAGAUGAAGGAAUUGUCAUGGAAAAAUCAAACAUAUUGAUUAUAGGACCUACAGGAAGUGGUAAAACGCUGAUUGCUAAAACCACUGCCCAACUCUUGGACGUUCCCUUCUCAAUGAACGAAGCUACUGGAUAUACGCAGUCUGGUUAUGUUGGCGCUGAUGUAGAAGAAUGUAUUACUAGGCUGCUACAGAAUGCAGACUUUGAUGUUGCCAGUGCAGAACGAGGAAUCGUAUACAUUGACGAAGUAGACAAGAUAGCACGAAGAAUUGAUUCCAAUCCGAAUCAGAGGGACGUUACCGGCCAAGGAGUACAGGAGGGAUUGUUGAGAAUGCUGGAGGGAACGGUGGUCAAUGUCACAGUAAAACCAGGGCAAGGAAAGAGAAAUUCAGCACAAGGCGGUGAAGUCUAUUCAGUAGACACGUCAAACAUCCUCUUCAUUUGCUCAGGUGCUUUCGUUGGAUUAGAAAAGAUCGUCAAGGAUCGAACCUCAUCUAAAGGGUCAAUUGGCUUUGGUGCCCCACUGACAUCUUCCGAAUCUGCCAACGACCUGGAAACCGAAAACAUAUUAGAAGGCGUGGAGCCUGAAGAUUUGAUCAAGUUUGGCUAUAUUCCAGAGUUUGUUGGUCGGCUACCAGUAGUUGCAGCUGCAUCCCAACUAACUAUAGAUCAAUUAAUCUCAGUUUUGACCCAGCCACGCAAUGCUUUGGUUCGUCAGUAUGAAGAAAUAUUUAAACGAGCUGGGAUGGAAUUGCGCUUUCACAUGAGUGCACUUCGAGCUAUUGCGGAACUAGCUGUUAAGAAAAGGACGGGCGCACGAGGUCUAAGGCGCAUAAUGGAGAGCGUUCUUCAAGAAGCCCUAUACGAAUAUCCAGGCACCGAUGUAAAGUAUCUCCUCGUAGACGAACAAACCAUCUCAGAUCCAGCACACAAUAUGAAGACCUGGACCAGUAUUCAGUCUAGUGAAGCUCAGUCAAGCUUACUAGAAGCCUUCCAAUCGCCCAACUCUAGUAGAGGAAGUAGAGGGAAGAUCCCCUCCAAACCAUCAACUGUGCCAGAGAUUCCUCUGGAAGGCUUCGAUUCUACAUAUUAG